AUGAAAGGGCUAGGAGGGCCCGACAAACCGGACGAGUCGAUCGGGCCCAACGACCCGGAGAAUUUGGGAGAGCUCGAUGACCCGAACGGGCCCAACGACAAGGAAAAUUCGGGUGAGCCCGAUGACCCGAACGGGCCAAGUGGGGCCGAUGACCCAAACGGGUCAGGCAGGCCCAAUGACCUGAACAGGCCAAGCGAGCCCGAAGAUCCUAACGAGCUAGAUGGGCCCAAAGACCCAAACGAGCUAGGCGGGCUUGAAGACCCGAAGGGGCCAAAUGGGCCCAAAGAACUGAACAUGCCAAGCAGACCCAAAGAACCGAACAGGCUAGGUGGGCCUGAUGACCCGAACGAGCACGGCGGGCCCGAUGACCUAAACGGGCACGGCGGGCCCGAAGACUCAGAUGGACUAGGAUGGGUCGGCCUGACGACUCAGACGAGUCAUGCCUGA